UGGCCAGAACGCACUUUCAACCCACCACAAGUUUCUGAGAGGACAAAUUUUACCUUCGCAAACAUGGUCGUCCUUGCCGCCUCAAUAUGCACGCGGGGUGGAAAAGCUGUCCUCUCGAGGCAGUUUCGAGAGAUGCAGCGCUCGAGAAUUGAGGCUCUCCUGGCCUCAUUUCCCAAGCUGGCGGAUACUGGAACCCAACACACAACAGUUGAGCAAGAUAAUGUCCGCUUCGUGUACCAGCCGUUGGACGAAUUGUACAUGGUCCUCAUUACAAACCGCCAAUCCAAUAUUCUUCAAGACAUCGACUCCCUACAUCUGUUUGCACAAGUUGUUACAAGCACAUGCAAGACCUUAGAUGAGAGAGAGAUAUUAAAGAAUGCCUACGAACUGCUCAGCGCGUUCGAUGAGCUGGUCACUCUCGGAUACCGGGAGAACCUCACAAUUGGUCAGAUCAAGACGUUCCUGGAGAUGGAAAGUCACGAAGAGAGAAUACAAGAAAUCAUUUCAAGGAACAAAGAGCUGGAGGCGACAGAAGAGCGAAAACGGAAGGCCAAGCAACUGGAAAUGCAGCGCAAGGAGGUUUCAAGGAGUGGCAGAAAUGCCGUACCACGGGCACCAGUAUAUCCGACAUACACUCCUCCGGCACGAUCCAAUGUUACGGACACAUACGACUCCUACGAGGCCGAGAAGAAUAAAUCAUUCAAGACAACCGCUCCGAAGGGCAAGGGAAUGCAGCUGGGCAAGAAAUCGAAGACUACCGAUAUGUUUGAGCGUGUUAGAGGGGAUUUGGGCCCCGAGGCCGAGGAGACUGCCGCAUCGCCUCUGGUGCCAAAUCACCCAGCAGUGCCAGCUGAACAGGCCCCCGCACAACCCUCUAUAAUGUCGUCGUCUUUGGAUCGAGACGCGAUCCAUGUCACAAUUGCAGAAACAAUAAACGCAAAACUCUCCAGAGAAGGAUCCGUAAAUUCCAUGGAGGUCAAGGGAGAUCUGCAACUCCGAAUAUCUGACCAGACCUUGACUAAAGUCAAACUUGACCUUGUGGCCAAUCCUAGCCACGGUGUUCAAUUCCGCACACAUCCCAAUGUGGACCGGGGCCUUUUCAACAGCUCUAAGGCGGUUCAGAUGAGUAAUACCACGAAAGGCUUUCCGGUUAAUAACUCGGUUGGAGUUUUGCGAUGGAGAGCGACACCCAAGGCAGAUGAUACGAGCGCUGUCCCAAUCACAUUUACCGUUUGGGUAAACAAGGGAUCAGACGACACUUAUAACAUCACAGUGGAGUAUGAGCUCACUGGAGGAGAUCCUUUGAAGGAUGUGACGGUCAUAAUUCCUUACGCCACCAGCGAGCCGGCCGUCUCCAGCUUUGAUGCUACCUACGAAGUCUCCGGCGACAGCCUGGAAUGGACGAUCGGCUUAGUAGAUGACUCCAAUGCCACGGGUUCCUUUGAGUUCGAGGCCCAAGCUGGAGAUGAGAACGAGUUUUUCCCAAUGCAGGUAAAAUUCCGGAAGACGAAGCCGUUCAUUGAUGUUGAUGUUACCGAUGUCACCCUUCUCGAAAUGAAUGAGCCUGUGACCUUUUCAAAAGAGAUCAAAUCGGUGACGGAUUCGUACUCAAUCGAAUGAUUAGACGGCCAACGGGACAAGCUUGUGGCAUUUGAGCAUGGCGUGGGAUAAGGUGGCUUCCAUAGCCUUAGUUGAGAUUAUACUAGCAAUAGAGAAUCUUAAAACAGACGUCAAAUC